AUGUCUUUCUUCCAUCACCACCCCAUCCUACUCUCGACCCUGCUCCAGCUGCAGAUCCGAAGCCAGCCGAUAUCCUCCUCCAUAAGAACACUCGCAACAUCAUCAUCAUCGAGCACUCGGCCAGAAGAAACUACCCAGUCUGAUGCGCCCGCCGAAUCUCUCUCCACUCCUGCCUCUAUCACCGAGCUCAUCAACCCCCCGCAAAAACCCUGGGUUCCGGGUCUCCGGAGAACUGGCGUACUCGCCCGCAAACGCGGCAUGACCAGCUUUUGGGACUCCGAUGGAAUCAGGAUCCCGGUGACCGUACUAGAGUUAGAGGAUGUUCAGGUGGUCGGGCACAAGUACAAGGAACGUGACAACUACGACGCAAUCCAGAUCGGAUGUACCGACAAAUUCUCGAGAAACUCAAUUCAUAACGCCCAAUUGAAAUACUAUAAACAACUCAAUUUGACACCCAAACAGAAAGUCACUGAAUUCGUCGUCUCUAAUCAUCAGUGCUUCUCCCCUAUCGGUACUUCAAUUUCUGCGGCACAUUUCGUACCCGGCCAGUUUGUGGACGUGAAAUCAAAUUCGAAGGGGAAAGGGUUUGCGGGAGUGAUGAAACGAUGGGGGUUCGCGGGAGGAAAUGCGUCGCAUGGGUCAACUAAGCAUCAUCGGAAAGCAGGUUCUACAGGACAACAUCAAGAUCCAGGGCGAGUAUGGCCGGGGAAGAAGAUGGCAGGACGGAUGGGAAACCAGCCGGUGACGGUGCGGAACCUCCUAGUAGCUAGGAUCGAUACCGACAUGAAUCUGAUCUACGUGAAGGGCCAAGUGCCGGGACCCAAGAAAACGUUUGUCCGGGUGACCGAUGCCGAGAAGGGCGUCCAUAGGGUCGGCCAACAUUGGAUCCGGAAGGGCUGGAACGUCCAUAAUCAGGCCCUCCUCCCCGGACACAUCAAGGCCCUCCCCUUUCCUACUAUCGAUACCAAAUCUGCCACACAGCUCCUCCCCGAUCAGAUCUCCCUCUCCGCUCUCAGUAAACUUAAAAAUACCAAGGCCGUCGAGUAG